GUGAAGGGGUGGCGGUAGCGGGGACUCCGGAAGCUCACCCUUCACCCGGAAAUGGUUGUUGAGGAACAUGGCGUUGCUGGUCCGAGUCCUUGGGAACCGGAUUAGCAUCUCCCAGUGGGUUCCAGUAUGCAGCCGAUUGGUACCUGUGUCUCCUAUACAGGGACAGUGGGACAGGGCUCUGUCUGGCACUUCUCAGUGGCCCCAGAUGAGCCAGUUCCUAGCAUGUGGUAGAUCAGAACAGAUUCCUGGAAUAGACAUACAGCUGAGUAGGAAGUUUCACACCACAAAUAAGCUUUCUGCUACCAAAGAUUCUCCACAGCCUAUUGAGGAGAAGGUUGGUGCCUUCACGAAGAUAAUAGAAGCCAUGGGAUUCACAGGACCUUUGAAAUACAGUAAAUGGAAGAUUAAGAUUGCGGCCCUGCGCAUGUAUACUAGCUGUGUGGAGAAAACUGACUUCGAGGAAUUCUUUCUAAGGUGUCAGAUGCCUGAUACAUUCAAUUCAUGGUUUCUUAUAACUCUACUUCAUGUCUGGAUGUGUCUAGUCAGAAUGAAGCAGGAAGGCCGAAGUGGGAAAUACAUGUGUCGUACCAUAGUUCAUUUUAUGUGGGAGGAUGUUGAGCAGCGUGGCAGAGUCAUGGGGGUUAAUUCCUAUAUCCUGAAGAAGAACAUGAUCCUUAUGACAAAUAAUUUCUAUGCAGCAAUCUUGGGAUAUGAUGAGGGGAUCCUUUCAGAUGAUCAUGGGCUGGCUGCUGCCCUCUGGAGAACCUUCUUCAACCAGAAAUGUGAAGACCCUCGACAGCUUGAAUUGUUGGUGGAGUAUGUGAGGAAACAGAUGCAGUACCUGGACUCCAUGAAUGGUGAGGAUCUGCUUCUGACAGGGGAGGUGAGCUGGCGCCCUCUGGUGGAGAAGAAUCCUCAGAGCAUCCUGAAGCCCCAUUCCCCAAUUUAUAACGACGAAGGUCUUUGAUGGGCUGGUCCCUCCAAACAGCUGCUCAGGUGGCUUUGAGGAACUGCCCGGAGAGAGGUGCCUGUUUGGCCCAGGACCCUGCAGAAAGUGGCCUGAACUGACCUUUGAACAGCUUCUGUCAAAUAUAUGGCCCCAUUUAUGUUGAUUUUCCUCUUAGUAUGCCCAGGAGUCUGAUCUGGUGGGGUACAGUGCUGGGAAAACCCUUGACUCUUCCAGGGUGUCCUCUCCCUCAAGAGAAGCCCUGAGAAAGACCUCCCCAGCACACACUCCCCAAGUCCCCGCCAUCAACCAUGUGAUUGACAGCUUUUCCCAAAGGCCACAGAAGGGAUGGGGGUAAGUUAGAAAGGGGCACCCCCACCAAGGGCCCACUGUGGCCUAGGAGUAAUGCUGCUGAGUCAAGAUGGGUAACCACACUCUGUCCUCUGGCUUUGAGCUGUGGGGUUGAGUUGGCCAUUAAAAGAAACAGAGAUUUCUCUCUGCCAUGGCUCUUCUUUAUUCCAGGGUCGUUUAGAAACUUAUCUGAGGUGGUGGAUGCCAUAAGCUGAGGAGCACCACCUAGCUCAGUUAGAGAUGGGGGGUGGAGAUGGGGGGCGGCAGCAGUGUCAGGAGGGUCUCUGCUGCUGCUUUUGCCUCCAGUUCAUGGAGAUGUCACUGAUCUGGCCAAGACACAGCCUGCCAGGCUCUGUCCUCUGGGGCCCAGGAGGCUCCUGACGGCCAAGGGGCUUGGGGCUAACAUCCUGAGUCAUCUGAAAAGAGGUCUCAAGAACAAAGGUCCCUUUGUCACCUCCCAUUGAACCAAGUGAGGAACAUGCUGUUUUUCCUCUCUUGGCUCCCCCUUAUAUGAGAUAUUGGGGAGAAGAGAAUAUUCUCCCUGGUUUAGUUGUGCCAUCCCAGUAUCCAGUCCCAUGCCCAGCUUUCUGUCCCCUUCCCAACUUCUGGAGCCAACUUGGUCUGAGCGCUUGAGGACCAGUCUCCUCCUCCCUAUGAGUAUGGGUCAUUGCUUGGGGAAUUUUCUUUUAAAUUGAAGAAAGGAGGUGGGGAACCAAAAUGCCCCUCCCUCCCCCCAUCAAACUUCCUUCAUUUAACUUGCUAUAAAAUGAGUCAUAUAAAGAAACCCUAUAUGGGUGAGGUAUAUCCCACUUCUGUGAAAACAUUACAAAUCAAACCGCCUUCUCUGAGUUUAUUUAAGAUGCUUUUGUUGCUAGCGGAGCUCUAGAGUGAAGCCUCCUCUGUGUGUGUGAGAUAAUAACACCUUGUAACUCAUUACAGCUGGGCACUAUUUACAUAAACCAGAGCUGAGCCAGGCAGGAAUUUGCUGAUUAAUUUAUUUUUAAUGGAGUGAAGUAUACCAUGCACCAAAAUAAACUUUACUGUGUGUACCUAA